AUGACUGAAGCUGAAAUCUUUAAAAGUUUGAAAGCUAUAGGAGAUGAAAAAGUACCUGGAGUAGAUGGAUACAAUGCAGUGUUCUUUAAGAAGGCAUGGCCAAUAAUCAAGCAUGAUAUCAGAGCUACUACAGAGAAAUUCUUUGAUACUGAUGAUCUCCUCAUGUUUGCCAGAGGGGAAGCUCAAUCAGUUGCAGCAUUGCAGACAUCUUUCAAUAAGUUCACUCAAGUAUCUGGACAGCAAAAAAAUUUUGGGAAGAGCUCGGUGUACUUUGGUGGUGUCACACAACAACAAGAAGACCAAAUCAUGCAACUCUUAGGCUCUUCCAGAGCAAAAUACCUAUCCUAUGUAGGAAGACUUCAGUUAAUACAAUCUGUGUCGAUUGGCAUCAAAAUAUAUUGGGCACAAUUGUUCGCUAUCCCAGCCAAGGUGCUAAAGAUCAUUGAAAGUUAUUGUAGAAGCUACUUAUGGUCUGGAGGCAAUGUCAUCACAAAGAAAGCUUUAGUUGUAUGGGACAAAGUAUGCUUACCAAAGAAUGUUGGAGGACUGAACAUUCUAAGCAUUGCAAAGUGGAAUAAAGCCGUAUUAACUAGGUUAUGCUGGGAUAUAGCUACUAAGAAAGAUGUAUUGUGGAUAAAGUGGGUUCAUGCAUAUUACAUCAAAGAAGUUGAUUUCCAAUAA